CGCGCGGUGCCGCAGCCGCGGGCGCUGCUGCCUGCGCCCCGGGGAGACUACACCUCCCGGCAGGCAGUGCGCGCCCGGGGCCACGGUCCCCUCCUUGCGGCGGCCCGGGGCAGCGCCUGAUGCGCCUUGGCGCAAACGGCGGUCCCGUCUCGAGGCGUGUGGCCACCCGCUCACCCGGGGAGCAGGCGGCGCGGACUGGCCGCGCUGCCGCCGCCCCGGGCCGGUUUUGCGAUCGGGCGGCUCGGCGGGCGCCUCGGUGCGCGGGUGGGAGGCCGAGCCGCCGCAGAUGGCGGAAGUGCCUCGCCGAGGAGGCGAAGGGGCAGGGGGAAGCAGCAGCUGAGCGCGGUGGCAGGGGGCGGUCAGCCAUGGCGGGCCGUGGCUCCGCGUCCUCGGAGCACCUGGAGCGGCUGCACGAGAUCUUCCGGGGGCUGCACGGAGACCUGCGGGGCGUCCCCGAGCGGCUGCGGGGCAGCGCGGCCGAGGAGAAGAAAAAACUCGUUCGAGAAUUUGAUGAGAAGCAACGGGAAGCAAAUGAAACGCUGCAGGAAAUGGAGGAAGAACUGAAGUAUGCUCCUCUGCCUUUCCGCAACCAAAUGAUGAGCAAAAUCCGGGCGUACAGGAGAGACCUCUCCAUGUUCCAGAGGGAGAUGAAAAGCACGGAUCUGGGACUGGGGCCUGGAAGUCAAAGUGAUAUAAAAUACGGCAUUUUCUCCACAGAAAAUGAACAGAGUACUAAUCUGCAGUCUCAGAGGGUGCUGCUUCUCCAGGGAACAGACAGCCUGAACCGAGCCAGUCAGAGCAUUGAGCGCUCCCACCGCAUUGCUGCCGAAACAGAUCAGAUUGGCACCGAUAUCAUCGAAGAGCUUGGGGAGCAGCGGGAGCAACUGGAACGCAGCAGGAGCAGGCUGGUGAAUACAAGUGAGAACUUGAGCAAGAGUCGCAAGAUCCUACGUUCUAUGUCCAGGAGAAUUACCACUAAUAAGUUGCUGCUGUCCAUCAUCAUCAUCCUGGAACUUGCCAUCCUAGGAGGUGUGGUCUACUACAAGUUCUUUCGCAGCAAAUGAAUCUUUGACUGAGAAGAGCUUUUCACUUUUAAGGAACCAGGCAGGGUUGGCUGUUGCCACUGACUGAGGACUGAACUGUCUCCUGAGACAUCAUGUUAAACUGGAAGUGUACUGACACUAGAAAGACAGAAUGGGAUUAAAAGGAAAAUGCAGAGAGACGUGAAGUACUGGUAAGAUUAAUAACAAGGCAGUAAAUAUUUUGCCUGAAUUUGUAUAUACUUAACUACAUGAAUAAAUCUUGGUAACAAAGUGGCCACCA